AUGAGCGGAGACGAAGUAGUGAAAGUUAAGAGGGACAAGCUUGAGGCAUGCAUGACAUGCCCUAUAUGCAAUGAGCUAUUUAGAGAAGCCACAACUAUUUCUGAAUGUCUUCAUACAUUUUGCAAGAGGUGUAUAUAUGACAAAAUCAUCAAUGAUGAUGCCGAUAGAUGUCCGGUAUGCAAGACAGAUUUAGGGGUUGCUCCAUUGGAAAAGCUCAGGGCUGACAAUAGUCUGGAAGACAUAAGAGCGAAGCUCUUCCCAUUUGGAAGUAAAAAAGUCUUGCAUUCUGAAACAAGAAAAGCCAAGGAACCUGAAAUUGAUCUGCCCUCUAUAUCGUCACCAGGGAGAAGAAAGCAGAGAUACCUCUCUUCAUUAGGAUUAAGCACACCUACAGUUACGACCAGGUGCUCUACUAGUGGAAGAAGGUAUUUUACCAGAAAGAGUUCAGCUCUACAUGAGAGUCAUCUUUCAACUCAAGAAGAACCUGUUCCCGAACAUGAAGAUUUUCUGGAGAGGGUUAAAUCAACCGAGAACCGUACAGAAGAUGCAGCAUAUGUCGGACAGACUGGUAUUGAGAAGUUGUCUAAGAAAGACGAGGAGAGCAAUGGCAUCUUUAAAAAAGCACAGCCAAGUUGGAUAACUGGUCUGAAUGAAGCUGAAAGAGAUGCUGCAAGAGUGCCAACAAAGCGAGUGUUCUUCAACCUCAACAAUGAACCAGAAGAGCUUAAAACCUUUCAUGAACAUGGGAAUAUUGGUGUAUCUGCUCCUGCACCAUCAAGUUCACUACCAAUUGCCAAAGGCCCAAGUGGCCGCAAGAGAAAAGCAGCAUCAGAACCCCAAGAGUUACAAACUCCAGCACAACAUAUGGUAUUCGACUCAAAUAAUGGAAGUGAACCAAGAAUUAAACCAAUCUGGUUCUCAUUGGAAGCUUAUCCCUGGGAAGGAUAUGCACCCUUGCCACAGAUACCUUCAUGUUACUUGAGAGUCAAAGAUGGUAACUUACCCAGUUCUUUCAUAAAAAAGUAUCUCGUGAAAAAGCUGAAUCUUCACAGCGAGGCAGAGGUGGAGAUUUUAUUGUGGGGUCGUCCAAUACAUCCCACAUUGCUGCUGCAUCACUUGGUGGAUUUAUGGUUACAGAAAAUACCAGCAUCACAUAAAAUAGAAACCUCAGUAGGCAGCUCGGCGAAGGAGUAUGUGAUGGUUAUAACUUACUGUCGAAAAGUGCUACACCGCUGGUAG